AUUCGUGCAAUCAACAUGGUGGUUGCGGCUGUCAUUUCGGAUGCCAGAUUUAUUUAUUAGAUUUUGUUGUGUGCCAAAAUGUCGUCAACAGAACCUUCGCAAAAUAAAACAUGGGAACUUUCCCUGUACGAAUUACAUCGAACACCGCAAGAAGUGAUUACGGAUGCGACCGAAAUAGCUGUGUCCCCUCGGAGUUUGCACAGCGAACUGAUGUGUCCAAUUUGUUUGGAUAUGCUGAAGAAGACGAUGACAACGAAAGAGUGCCUUCACAGGUUCUGCAAUGACUGUAUAAUUACAGCUCUACGAUCAGGCAAUAAAGAAUGUCCUACGUGUCGCAAGAAACUUGUGUCAAAGCGUUCGCUCCGACCAGACCCGAACUUCGAUUUGCUUAUUUCUAAAAUAUAUCCAAGUAGAGACGAAUAUGAAGCUCACCAGGAGCGCGUGCUGGCCAAACUGAGCAUGUCACAUUCUCAAGCAUCAUUGGUUAACUCUAUCACUGAAGGGAUAAAGUUGCAAUCACAGAACAGACCCCAGAGGUCACGAAAAAACCAGGAAGAUAACAGUAAUACGUCCAACACGAACGGUAAUUCUGAGACGCCUCAAAACGGUGGCAGUACGUCGGCUCCAAAAGAAACUGGUCCUUCUGCCAACAAUCCUGCAGCAUCAGGUCAGUCCACAUCAAACCCAGCGUCAGUGCGGAGUACUCCCUCACCGGUGCCGUCGAACGUGAGCUCAAUAUCAAAAAACACAAGCACCACUAAGAGGGCAAAAUCUAUUCUAACAUCAGAAAGGAGUGAAGAAAGUGAAUCCAGUGAUGGCAGAACUGAAGGAGAAAACUCGAUGGAUACAGAAGGUGAAGGGGAACCAUUGAACCCCAAUGAGAUAGAGCUGGUCUUCAAGCCUCACCCCACAGAGAUGACAGGUGACAACCAACUCAUGAGAGCACUGCGCGACAGCUCUGUGCGUUACUUAAAAACGACGGCUAAUGCUUCUGUUGAUCACCUGAGCAAGUAUUUGGCGAUGCGACUCACAUUAGACCUAGAUGCCGAGUUACCUGAAGCGUAUCGGCUUCUCAACUUCUGCAUUUAUGUGGCACCAUCACCGGGCCAGUUUGUACCGCUGGCUGGUUCCCAAACGCUCAGACAAAUUAAUGACAAGUUCUGGAAGGUCAACAAGCCACUGGAGAUGUACUACUCGUGGAAGAAAACCUAGAAGUAAAGGACAUUUUAGUUAUGUACUAUUGUACUGUAACUAAAAUGGUGAUACAAAGUAAUAUUGAAUGUAUCAGUGAUUUUAUUCUAUUAAUUUUAAACACGUAGGCAAUACAGAGACAUGGACUCAUGUGAUAAGAUUUUAUGGAAUUAAUCUCAAAUGUAUGGAAUAUAAUGUAAUUAAUUUUAAGUAAUGCAAUAAAGGUGGAUAUGUUCUUAUUUCA